AUGGACAGGGAGAGGGUGAAGGCUGAGUCAACAUUGCUGUGCGCGGCUAUGGGUCUCACAGACCCGGGGCCGAACGGGCUACUGAGCAGGACCCGAACAGUCGAGGGUCUUGACAAAGCUUUCGACAGCCUGGUUGGGUGGCUGACCUGGGUCGCUGGGGAAAGCACUCCACGGAAGAAGGCGAGUUGCGGCUACAGCUCUCCCUGGUGGACUGCGGAGGUGGAGCAGGCCGCCCGGGAGGCCAGGAGGGCCGAGAGGCUGGCGAAGGAGACUCGGGCAGAGUACUGUUGGGAGGAGCUUAGCGAAAGGCUCAAGGCCCUUUCCAGAACAACGCGCGAAGCACGGACGAGGGCUUGGAGGCAUAACCUGCAGGAAGCAAGCGAGGCAAAGAAGCCCGAUCAGAUGUGGAGCUUGGAAAGAUGGGCCAGGCUACGGAGCUUUUUGUUGCCGGAACCACCGAGACUACCGGCAUUCAAGGACUCGUCCGGACAGGCAGUGACGCCGACCGAGAUCGCGAAAGCAAUAGGAGGAGCAAGCCCCUGGAAGGCGCCAGGAGAGGAUCUGCUCCCGAUGGGUCUUCUGAAGGCAUGUGGAAUACCACUGGCUGAAGUGCUCGCCGUAUUGGCGACGAGGUGCCUGGAACUAGGAUGGUUUCCCGACCGGUUCAAAAAGGCAAAGACUAUAGUACUACCGAAGCCAGGGAAGGCGCCGCCAGUGUAUCAGACCCCGGGAGGGUACAGGCCCAUUGCGCUACUGCCAACCCUAGGGAAGGUAAUAGAGUCAGUGGUCGCCAGGAAGGUCACUCAAGCUGCUGAAGUCAACGGCCUUCUACCAGACGAACAAAUGGGGAACAGGGCACACCGCUCCACGGAGAUGGCUGUUCGGCUAGUAGUAGCCCAGGUCCAGGCGGCAUGGAGACAGAAGGCCGCGGCAUCCCUAUUGCAACUGGACAUUUCAGGAGCCUUCGACACGGUUAACCACACACGACUACUGGGGCACUGCGAGAAAUGGGCUACCCGAGCGGGGUUUGCGGAUGACACCAACCUCCUGGUAUUUGGUCGAAACCCCGAAGCGAAUGUCCGGCAACUAGAGGCGGCGUGGGGAACGUGUAUACGAUGGGCGGACAGUCGGGGGAUGAAGUUCGCCCCGGAAAAGAGCGAACUGAUCCAUUUCAACAAGGGGCGACGGCAGUGGUCAAACCAGCUGGAACUCACCAGCCCAGGGAGAGGCACCAGCCCCGACAGACCGAAGGAGUCUGCCAGGUUCCUGGGAGUCUGGCUGGACCGGAAGCUCAACUGGAAAGCCCACCUUGCAGCGGUGGAGAGGAAGCUGAGGACCCAGAGCUAUGCCCUGUCGAGGCUAGCGGCGUCGACGUGGGGACUGGGGCUAGCCAAAGCGCGAGAAGUGUACACAAAGUGCAUCCGGUCAGCGCUGGCCUACGGCGCACCGUCGUUCCACAUCCUCACGGAUGUGGGAGGCGAGCCGGUAAAGAAAGGCAUCACCAAGGCCCUCGGGAAGGCCCAGAACAAAAGCUUGCGGAUUUUAGCGGGAGCCUUCAAGUACACUCCCAUCCGCAACCUCGAGACGGAGGCAUGGGUGCCACCGUUGGACCUAUAUCUCAACAAACGGCUUGCGGACUUUGAGACCAGACUCCAGCGAACCGACUUAGAUGACGGCCAAGGCGGCAAGAAGACCGCAGGGAGCGUUAUUCUUACCGCCUGUAGCAAGAUACAGCAGAGACUACGCUCGAGGAGCGGCAACAGGGGCCGGCCUCGGAACGAAGCCCUAAGGAGGCACGACGGUCUCAGCAAAGCAAAGAGCUCACUGCUGAUUCAAAUCCGGACGGGAGGAAUAGGCUUACGGGACUUCUUGUUUACACGGGGAGUCCCGGAGGUUCUGACUCCUGCCUGCGAGUGUGGCGAGGGACGAGAGACUGCCGAACACCUGGUAGUGUGGUGUUUCGCCCCACCGUUGACUCGAAGAUGGGAGAGAACUGGAAUUUGGACACGACGGGACUUUUACUCUGUUCUACCCACGACUGCACGGCUCGCGAGGAGAGUUCUCGACUGGCUGAUGGACUCGGGGAAGCUGCCGAUGUACAACUUAGCCAGGAGGCUCGAGCUGGAAGCCGCGGUCUGA